AUGACAUCUGCAUCUGAUUCUGUUUUGGUUUAGUGUGCAGGCGGCAGGGCUGCAAAGCAUGCUGGGAAAAGAGACUCAAAGUGAAGAAGGCCCCGCCCACCAGACCCUCCUGACCAAUCAGAGGCUCCUGCUGCUAUCGUCAUCGUGUGAAAAGCUUGUGGAAAAGGUCAGCAGCUGGGUGCAGCAGAGCAGCACUGUGUUGUCUGACAGCUGUGAAGCAGGAUGGGAGCUCUGUGAAGCCGAGCACACUCUGAACACACACCUGCAGCUGCACGCACAGGCUGAGUCUGCAGGUCAAGAUGCUGAGAACAUGAAGCAGAUCCUGGAUCAGAUCCGAUCCAGAACCAGCCCCCAUUCUCCCAGCAGAACCAGCCCCCAUUCUCCCAGCAGAACCAGCCCCCAGCCUCCCACCAGAACCAGCCCCCAGCCUCCCAGCAAAACCAGCCCCCAGCAUCCCAGCAGAACCAGCCCCCAUUCUCCCACCAGAACCAGCCCCCAUUCUCCCAGCAGAACCAGCCCCCAGCCUCCCACCAGAACCAGCCCCCAUUCUCCCAGCAGAACCAGCCCCCAGCCUCCCACCAGAACCAGCCCCCAUUCUCCCAGCAGAACCAGCCCCCAGCCUCCCACCAGAACCAGCCGCCAGCAUUCCAGCAGAACCAGCCCCCAGCCUCCCAGCGGAACCAGCCCCCAGGAUCCCAGCAGAACCAGCCCCCAGCCUCCCACCAGAACCAGCCCCCAUUCUCCCAGCAGAACCAGCCCCCAGCCUCCCAGCAGAACCAGCCGCCAGCAUUCCAGCAGAACCAGCCCCCAGCCUCCCAGCAGAACCAGCCCCCAGCCUCCCAGCAGAACCAGCCCCCAGCCUCCCAGCAGAACCAGCCCCCAGCCUCCCAGCAGAACCAGCCCCCAGCAUCCCAGCAGAACCAGACCCCAGCCUCCCAGCGAUCCCAGCAGCCAGCUGUCCCCUUUAAUGGCCCUCACGGAGCGGCUGAAGAGAACCAGAACCAGCAGUGCCGCUCUGUCCGACCCAACGGGUCCUCUGUGUCCUGAACUAGCAGGUCGGGUGGAUCUUGUCCUGAAGGAUCUGCAGAGUCUGAACAGGAAGAUCGACUCAAACCUGCAGCUGCUGCAACCCUACGUCACUUUCCUCCGAACGGCCCGACAGGUGGAGGAGGAGCUGGAGAAGCUGAGGGAGAUCUACAGGAGACCAGAGGAAGAGGAGGAGGAGGAGGAGGAGGGAGCUGAUACUCCCAGGUUACCUGUGAAGAAGCAGCAGCAGGUGGACGCCUGCUGGCAGGAAACGCUGCAGCGGUUUCUCACCUGUCAGGAACUGGCAAACACCUGCCUCCAUUCUGUUACCAAGGUGUCAGCUGCAGCGUUGAACCAACAGUCGGUGGUGUCGGGGGUGCAGCAGACGUUGGAGCGACUCAGCAGAUCCAAACAGGAAGUGAAUGAUCUGCUGAGUCAGCGGAGAGAGGACAGCAGGACACACCGGGAGAGACUGAACAAGGACUUGAACGGUGUCUCUGAGAUGCUGGACUCGUGCACUCGGGUGGAUCUUGGCUCAGACCUGCAGACCUCCAGGCUGCUGCAGCACUUCAGCCAGGCGGGACCACAUUUCACCAAACUAGACGCAGAGGUGGAGUUGCUGAUGAAGAGCUGGGAGACUGUGAGAGGAGUCCCUGAUUGGCUGGAGGAGAAGGAGGAGGAGGAGGAGGAGGAGGAGGAGGAGGAGGAGAAGGAGGAGGAAGAGGAGGAGGAGGAGGAGGAGAAGGAGAAGGAGAAGGAAGAGGAAGAGGAAGAGGAAGAGGAAGAGGAGGAGGAGGAGGAAGAGGAGGAGGAGGAGGAGGAGGAGGAGGAGGAGGAAGAUCUGUCUGAGCUGCUGAAGCUGCAGGAGAGAGUGAAGACAAAGAUCAGUCAGAGCGAGUUGAUCCUGGACCUGAGCCACAGCUUUCACCUCACAGCUACACAGCUGGAGGACCUGCUCCAGACUGGGUCAGCCGGGUCCUGCGGGUCCAGAGAGGACCUGCUCCAGACUGGGUCGGCCGGGUCCUGUGGGUCCAGAGAAGACCUGCUCCAGACUGGUUCAGCCGAGUCCAGAGAGGACCUGCAGCAGAUCCAGAGUCUGUUUCAAACCGCUUCAGCACUAAAGAGAGACAUCUGCACCGCCGUCAAAGACAGCGGCUGGACAUGUUUCAGCGUGGAGCAGCUGGAGGCUCGACUUCUCUCUCUGGACGCUCGGUGCGUCUCGCGGCUGAAGGAAGCAGAGCGCCACAAGGAGAAGCUCCGGCUGACCCACCUCCUCAGCGAUGACAUCACCCAGCUUCGCGACUCCUUUAAGGAGCUGAAGAAGCGCUUCAGCAACCUGCGGAUUAACUUCCUGAAGAGAAACGACCGGCGAGGGAACACGAAGGCCGUCAGGAACCACCUGCAGCAGGUGGAGCUCAACGACGGGAAGCUGCAGGCACUGAGGAAACGUCUGCAGGGAGUGGCGGCCCGUCUGGAGUCAGAGGUCAGAGACGGGGGAGCGGCCAGGGAGGCGGAGGACGCCAUCAACCAGCUGCAAAGGCAGAUGGGAGAGUUCGAGCGAAGUGUCGGCGAACACCAGAAAACUCUGGAGAUGACCUGCAGACUGCAGCAAGCCAUGGAGGAGUAUCAGUUCUGGUGCGAGGACGCCAUGGCGACCAUCGCUCGCGUCGGGAAGUUUUCCUCCGAGUGUCGCAGCACAGAAGCCGUCUCCGUUCUGCACCGGCAGUUUGAGAAGUUCGUCUGGCCGACGGUUCCUCAGCAGGAGGAGAGGAUCAGUCAGAUCACCGAGCUGGCUGUCAGGCUGCACGGGGUGGAGGAGGGGCAGCGGUACAUGGAGAAGACGGUCAGUAAACACUCGGAGAUGGUGGCGUCCAUCAGAGAGCUGAGCAACGAACUGAUGGAGCUGGAGGCCAAACUGAAGCUGGAAAGCCUCAAACCGCAGCAGGACGCCGGAGAGAAAGAGAAGAAGGAAGAGAAAGAGACAGAGGAGAAAGAGAGAGACGAAGAGAAAGAGAAGAAGGAAGAGAAAGAGACAGAGGAGAAAGAGAGAGACGAAGAGAAAGAAAAGAAGGAAGAGAAAGAGAAGCUGAAGGAAAACGAGGAGCAGACCGAUAACCGCAGCUCACAGGAGGCGGCUGACACGAACGAGCUCAAAGAGACGGGCCACACCCCCGAGCUGACCGCCGAGCAUGAUGGGAAGGAGGUUCCCGUGAAGAGGCAGACUGCGGCCAAUAGGAAGCCUCCGUUACAGAAGAGCCGCAGCCAGGACACGGAGAGCAGACAACAGAUGCACAGCCAGAGGUUCACCUCCUCCUACUGCUCCCCCCACUCCCUCAGCGUCUCCUGCUCCCCAGUGGAGGCCAACCGAAGGGUCCACGCCAUACACAGCCAAUUACAGCCUGCCACCACUGAGCCUCAGGCCACGCCCCCUCCCUCUGUGAUUGGCCCAUCGUUCUCGGACAUCCAGAGGGAGUUUCAGAGAAAGGUGAUGCAAGUGGUCCCCGCUUCCCGUGGCUCAAACAUGACACCGCUUCAGGAUGCAUCAGCAGGAGGCCUGUUGGAGGCAGAGCUUCAGCAGCAUGAAGUGAUGACAGAGGAUUCUCUCUCCAAUGACGAAUACGAUUGUGCGUCACCUGACGACAUUUCCCUUCCGCCGCUGGCCGAGACACCGGAGUCCUACUUGGUCCAAUCAGAUGUUGAGGAGGGCUUCUGUUUCAGUUCCCACGGCAUCCACGUCAACCAGUACAGCCAACAGUCCGAGCGUAGUGGUUCUGGUGCAGCCCGUCAACACAGAGAGUCCAGUCUGACCGAAAGUUGUCCAACUCCUCCAACCAAUUACAGCAGCACCAGGUUCCGAUCAGAGUCCAGUUCAUUUGUCCAGAGUCCGCUGACAGUUCCUCCUCCGGUCCUGCUCACCAGCACUCUGUCCAGCAUCCUGAUAAUCGGAAAGACCAGCACAGCCAACAUCUCCCAAAGAGCUGACCUCUCCCGGGGCGGCACUGAACCAAACGUCCCAUCUGAAUCCAACCAAGUCCACAAAAGGAAUACUCCAGACAAUUGUGUCCCUGAUAAGAGGAGCCUUUCACCGACUGAUCCCUUAUUAAAGGAACACAAAAGUCAAAACAACCAUCAUCAGAGGAGUACCAUGGGUAAGAUCACCAAAAAUGUUGCAUCCAAAGGUGACACCAUGCCACAGACUGAUCCCAUUCCCAUGGUUGCAGAGCUCAAUCCCAGAACCACCUCCCAACUCUCCCAGUCCAAUGGCUCAGACCAUGAUCUCCACAAUGACAAGACCCCUCCACAAGACCCUAGAUUCCUCAAAUGCAGCAAUGCUUCCAUUUGUCAAAACAUCAGUUUUCAACAGUCCUCUGGCUCUGAGAGAGACCUCCAUUGGGACACAAACUCCUCCCAAACUAAGAAGGAAACAUCCCUAGUCUCCAAACCUCAGAGGGGCGGUCUCACCAACACCAGCACCAGCACAACUACCCAGCACAUAAUUGACUUCCAAUCCUGCCCUUCAGACAUUCGUCACACCUUGACACAGGCAAGCAGCAGCCUCAGUUCACCCCAGAGUGAGACCUUGCCAAAGAUCGAUCCGGUCCAACAGGCUGGAGGCUUAGCUCAGAGCCCCAGCCUCAAAGACAGGAUCCAAGACACUGGGCUCCUCAAAUCUUGUGCAACUUGCCUCCAAACUACCACAGCCCUCCCUCAAGUAGUCAAUCUUUCCCAGCCCUAUCCAGCUUCUAGGAGAGGUCUUAAUCAGGAUGUACCUUUCUCUCAAACCAGCACAGAAACAUCCUCAGUCUCCAUCAACCAAAGCAGCAACCUGACCACUACUGUCAAACAAACUUUGACACAGGCAAGCAGCAGCCUCAGUUCGCCCCAAGAAAGUCUGUUAUCCCAGAGUGAGACCUUGUCACAGAUCAAUCCGUUCGCACAGGCCAAAGGGUGUGCUCAGAGCCCCGGCCUCAAAAACAAGACCAGUGGCACUGGGGACCUCAAAUCCUGUUCAACUUGCCUCCAAACAGCCACAACCCUCCCUCAAGAUGGACAUCUUUCACAGUCUAACCAAGGUUCCAGGAGAGGCCUUGAUCAGGAUGUACCUUCUUUUCAAACCAGCAAAGUUACAUCCUCGUUCUCCAUCCCCCAAAGCUGCAGCCCAACCACAGCCGCUACUGUCAAACAAACCGAGUACUGCCAGUCCUCCCCUCCAGAUUCUCAUCACACCUUGGCACAGGCGAGAAAUUCACCCCAAGAAAGUUGGUUAUCCCAGAGCGAGUCCUUGCCAAAGAUCAAUCUUGUCACCCAGGACAGAGGGUUUGCUCAGAGCCCCGGCCUCAAAGACAGUAUCAGAGACACUUGGCCUCUUCCUCCAGAGCCAAACAACAUCAGCAACAUCAGUACAUCUAGCAGUACCAUUACCAGCAGUAAUAGAGUCAGCAGCAAGCAGAACCACCAGACAGUCUACUCCCUCCACGAGUCCUUGAUCUCCACCUGUACCCAGCAGUGUGUGCAUGACCCUGGCAUGACCCCCGGUAGUCCUGCCAAGCCCAAUCCUCCUCCUCAUCCCAAACCACAGACCCAAGCUUUGGCUCAGCAGGCUAAUCCGCAUGUCACCCCCUUUUCCUCUCCAUACCAUCUACUAACUCCAGACCAAGACCCAAACAUUUGUCAGCCCAUGGCCAUCCGUGAGGAGAUCAGGCUUACUCCUCAGAUCCAAGGGCCUCCCCUUCCUGCUCCUCCUCCUGCUCCUCUUCCCCAGGCCCAGGCAGAGUCUAUUCCCCAGGGAAAAGCCUCUAAACCUGGCCCUCCCUGCUUCACCAGGCCCCUGUCUAGAGCUACCGUCAUGGAGGGCUCUCCAGUGACGCUAGAGGUGGAGGUGACGGGACACCCAGAGCCCACGCUCACCUGGUGGGUAGCAUAUAACCAGCUACACAAUAACACACAAGCUUUGUGAGAUUAUUAACUACACAGCUCAGCUUAAGGCUCCCUUCACACCUGCUUUAACAUGUGCUUGAUGUUGGGUUCUUACACAUCUUUUUUUUGCCUUAAACAGUCUUUGUAACCAGUUCUUCAAACAAAAUUAGCUAGCAGGUACUAACUAAUAGCUUACUUGCCAAGGGCAAUUAGUAUUCCAGUACCAAGUUGUUUUACUUAAUUGUUUUCAGCUCCAAAUCUCUCGCUGUGUGUCAAACUAACUAAUUAAAAAUGUUAAAAAUACCCCAAAUUCAUCAGUCUCUUAACAACCCGUUCUCACUCC